AUGGGGAGGAUGAGAAAUGGGGAGGAUGAUGAUGAUUGUGCUGAGAAUAAUGGGGAGGAAGAUGAUGAUGAUGAAGAUUUCAUUCCUCCAGACAGACUUAACAUCAAAAGAGCAGCUGACGGUCAAGAGUUUCUCCUGCAGCACCUGUGGAAAAACACUGAGUUCAGAGGGCAUUUAAAGAGACACGAGAGAAAACACACAGAACAGAAAAGCUUUAGAUGUAGGAGAUGCAACAUCAGCUUUCCUACCGCAGAAGAGAAGAGACUUCAUUCAAAAGAGCACAACGGGAAGAAGGAGUUUCACUGUGAACAGUGCGGCAAGGUUUUUUUCAUUCGUUCUAGUCUAAAAGUUCACUUGAACUGUCACGGUGAAAAGUCUUUCCACUGCAGCGAAUGUGACAAGUAUUUCAGCACCAAAGGAAAUCUUGAUAUUCAUAAGCGAAUCCACACGGGAGAAAGACCUUACAACUGUCCACACUGCGAGAGAAGAUUCAAUCACGGACCACAUCUUAAGAGACAUGUCCGUGUUCACACCAAUGAGAGACCGUAUCAGUGCAGUGAAUGUGGGAAAACCUUCACAGACUCAGGCUCUCUAAAGUCACACCAGAAAAUCCAUUCUGAUGAGAAACUGCUUCAGUGCAAACACUGCGACAAACAAUUCCGUCAUAUUAAUAGUUUGAACAUUCACGAGAGGACACACACUGGAGAGAAACCAUAUCUGUGCUCCUACUGCGGGAAGAGCUUUUCAAAUCCGUCUCAUUUUAUAUUUCAUAAAGCGAGUCCACACCGGAGAAAACCAUAUCACUGCAGCAUCUGUGGGAAGAGUUUCGGUAAACAUGGCACAUUUCGAAACCACAAAAGGACUCAUACUGGAGAAAGACCGUUUAAAUGCUCACAGUGUGAAAAGACGUUUGCUCGAUUAGACGUCCUUAAGGUCCAUCAGCGAGUUCAUACAGGAGAGAAACCUUACUCCUGCUCCAUCUGCGGCGAGAGAUUCGCUUAUUUAGUAGUUUUCAGACCCACCAGAACAAACACGCUAAAGAACAAACUGCUCCAGAAUCAUCAGAAUGACUUUCAUCAGUCAAUCUGGGGAUAAACUUGUUUGGCUCGUCAUGAAAGUGUUCAUUGAGUUCUUACUGAGUGAACUUUUUUAAUGCUGUGAACUGAUCCAAGUUCUGUAUAUAAUGUCAUGUUUGACAGAGUAAAGCAAUGAUUUGAUGUUAAACACGACAGAACUAUUAAAAAUACUAAAAAUAAAAUACUACAAUAAUAUGAUCACCUAGGUUUCAUAAUGCAUGUUUUAUGUGUUGAAAUGCAUGAAGGAGAGUCUGGUAAAUACACUCUGCUUUUUCAUUGCUGGACCGGUUUCUUUUAAUCAAGAGAGAGCCAUGGUUAAACUAUCCAUUUCAUCACUGUUCUUCAAGAGUAUUUAUGCUGCUGUGUAAGUUAAGAGAUUUACUUGGUAGAAACGAAUCAUCUGGGAGGAAAAGUUUGUUGGUGCAAGGACUGGAGUUGAAAAUAUCUGCCAAAGACUGAGCUAUACACAGACAGUAACCACUGAUGGCAGAUGGACUGUUCUGACGAUGUCUUUCAUACUUUUCUGGACCUUGACAAUGUCAUUUACUUAGCAGUCUAUGUGAAAGUAACAAUCUUCCAAAAACGUAAUUGUGCAUUUUGGACUUUGCAAGCAUGACGGUGUACACUGAAAGUAAAUAUGCGGUUUUUAUUUAAAUGAGAAAAGCAGGUGCAGACAGAAUAUCUACUAACACGCAGUCGUUCUGACUCAGAGAGAUUAGCACUUCUCGAACUGUAGGAGGCGCUGUGACCAUCUUAGUCCAGUAAAUCCACCGGUAAAACCACUGAAGAAGAAAAGACGGUUGGAGGCUUACAGACUCAAGAGGGUCUGGCUGCAGACAUAUGGGCGAGUGGAGCUCCACUCAAGAGCGGAAAUACGUCACCUCCACUAGCGACGCCGCCGCCAUGUUGGACCGGGCCAUACUUUCCGUGGAAUUACGUCGCCUCCACUAAUGAUGCGGCCGCCAUGUUGGACCGGGCAACACUUUCCGUAGAAUUACGUCACCUCCAUGGCGGCGAGUGGAGCUCCAUUCAAGAACGAAAAUACGUCAACUCCACCAAACUUUCGUUUUAUAUUAUUACUUGUUAUAUACAUGUAUAAGGGGUGCUUUGCAAGUUAUGUCACCUCUUUGUACGUAAUGUUCAUAUGUCCUGUACUUUUAUCGUUGUUACUUUUACCUAGUAGAAAUAAUAAAAAUAAUAAUAUACUAAUCUUUCACGGUUUAUGACACGACAGCAAUUUUUUUUUUUUUAUUUCCCCUCAGCAAUUUGCAUUACCGACAUCCACAAUCCAUAUUUUUAGGGCUUCUGCCUUUUGUUCAUGUUUGUUUUACCAAUGUACAACUGACAAUGUAACAUUCCAUACAUUUUAGAAAGUUAACCCUAUGUUUGUAAUAUUUAGCAGUGAAAAAAUAAUGAAAUAUUAAAUAAAUUAUUAAAAUAAUACCUC